UGGAGUAAGGGCGGAAAUGGCGUUAAUGGCCGGGGUGGGGAGAACUAGGAAGAGAAGACAGGGUGCUUUGGGCGUGCGAGGCGCUGGAAGGGUGUGAGGGAUGGUGCUCAUUAAAGAGUUUCGGGUGGUACUACCUUGCUCUGUAGAAGAGUAUCAAGUUGGACAAUUAUUUUCUGUGGCUGAGGCUAGUAAGAACAACACCGGUGGUGGUGAAGGAAUUGAGGUGUUGAAAAAUGAACCCUACCAACACGAGGGAGAGCAGGGGCAGUACACCCAUAAGAUCUACCAUCUUCAGAGCAAAGUUCCAGGAUUCAUCAAGAUGUUUGCCCCAGAAGGGUCCCUUGUUGUCCAUGAAAGAGCCUGGAAUGCCUAUCCUUAUUGUCGGACAGUUAUUACGAACGAAUACAUGAAGGACGAUUUCUUUGUCAAAAUUGAAACAUGGCACAAACCGGAUUUAGGGGAACAAGAAAAUGUCCAUGGCCUGGAUGCAGAUACUUGGAAAGAUGUGGAGGUUGUUCACAUAGACAUUGGUGAUCGGACACAAGUAUCAGAUGAUGAUUACAAACCAGAUGAAGAUCCAGCUCUUUUCAAAUCUCUGAAGACGGCCAGAGGCCCACUUGGUCCUGAUUGGAAGCUGGAACUAGCCAAUAAUGAAGAUUGUCCCCACAUGUGUGCCUACAAACUUGUGACUGUGAAGUUCCGCUGGUGGGGCCUUCAGGGAAGGGUGGAAAAGUUUAUCCAAAAGCAAGAAAGACGCCUCUUUACCAACUUCCAUAGGCAGCUGUUUUGCUGGUUGGAUAAGUGGGUGGAUUUAAGCAUGGCUGACAUCCGGCGGAUGGAGGACGAGACGCAGAAAGAGCUUGAUGAGAUCCGCCAGAAGGGAACAGUGAGAGGCAUGACUGUCGGGGAUGAAUGAGUGCCCCCUACUGCCUAGGGGAAGAAAUGACAAGAUGCAGUGCCGGUUCUGACCUGAGAUUGGACCUCUCCUUGUGGGACUUUGCCUUCUCCUUCUUCCUCCCUUUCGUCAACUAGGAAGAAGGAGAUGAGUUCUUUCUUUCAUUCCAUCUACUUGGUCUUAAGAUAUUCCAAGCUGUCCCUGAUUUUACCAACCUGGGAAUCCCCAUGAAACUGCUGCAUAUUACUUAACUGAUCAUGGAUUAAUAGGUGUCCUUACCGCAUGAAUGGGAUAUCGAAGGGGCCAAGGACCUUUCAGGGGCUGGGGGCAUCUCCUUUUUUCACACUGCAGAGUCAGCAAUGCAUGAAUAUUAAUAACAUUAAUCUGAAUAUUCUUUAGAAUCGUACUUCAGCGGGUGGGUGGGGAAUUUAUAGGAAGUGGGAAAACAAAACAAAAAAGGUUUGAAUUGGGAGGAGGGCAAUUUAAAGUUAGGAAUAUAGUUAGUUUCUUUUUCACAGUGGAGAGUUUCUAAGCCGCCCAUGAAAACUGUUUCUCCCUUUUUGAAACCAUUCAGCUUCCAAAGCUGGGGGCAGGUGGUGGUGGGGUAAAAAUGAAGUUUCCACUCCAGGAAUUUUCCUAUGCAUGCUACAUGUUGGAGUCAAACAUGCCACUAGGCGGGGCCAGUUACAGGCAGAAAUAUGUCUCCCACUUGAUCUGAAUUUCAGACGUGGCAUAAACUGCAUCAAUAUUUGGUGGGACAGUUUCCUGCUAUAUUUUUCUGCUUUGAAGCAGCACUGGGACCUUUUCUUUAAUUCAGGGUCCUUUUGCUUACUUCCCCUCACCUCCACCUCCUGUUCCAGUAAAGUGGGGAACACAAAUAAUUUUCCAUUUGGGGAAAUGGUGCUUAGAAGCAUUUCAAGCCUUCUGGGGAUUAAGGAAGAAAGAAACAGACUUGGAGGCCCUGGGCUGUACUUCAAGGAUCUGCAACAGUAUUUUUUUUUUUUUUUAAAGGAAAACACUGAAAAUCUUUUUUAAAAAAGUAAAACAGUAAAUAAACU